UUCUUAUUUGAACUAUUACACCCAACCUUAAAAUUAAGAAUAGAAAAUGUUCAAAAACUUUAAGAUGUUUAGAAGAUAUUAUAAUUCUUCAGCUAAAAGUAUAGCUAAUGUUCUAAAAAAUAAAGAAAGUGGUGAUUUUAUAAGUGUGCAGGGAUGGGUUAAAUCAAUGAGAAAAAUGAAAGAAAAUGUUUUUUUUGAUGUUAGCGAUGGAUGUUCAGAAAAGAGACUACAAAUUUUGCUUAAUAAUUCCUUAAAACCUACAGAUUUGACACCUGGUUCAUCAAUUAUAGCCAAAGGGAAGUUAAGUUUGAGUCCCAAAGGUGACUUAGAGUUAAAUGCAGAAGAAGUUAAGGUUUUGGGUGAAUGUAUUGUUUCAGAGGGGUAUCCAUUUGCCCCCAAGAAACAAUAUAAUGCUGAUUAUAUUCGUCAAUAUUUACAUUUAAGAUCAAGAACAAAUAAAUUUUCCUCAGUUUUAAGAAUAAGAGAUGCAGCAACAUUUGCAGUUCAUGAACAUCUUCAUGAGCAGGGUUACAUAAAUGUUCACACACCAAUAUUAACAUCUAAUGAUUGUGAGGGAGCUGGAGAAGUUUUUACUGUGUUCCCAGAUAAUAAGGAAACUUUAAAGCAAAUGUCUAAACCAAAUCAAUCAAAAGAGGAAGCAUAUUUUAACAGUAAAGUGUUCCUGAGUGUUUCUGGUCAGUUGCAUUUAGAAGCUUUAUCUCAUGGCAUUAGUAAAGUAUACACCUUUGGUCCAACUUUUAGAGCUGAGAAUUCUAGAUCCAGGCUGCAUUUAUCUGAAUUUUACAUGUUAGAAACUGAGACUGCUUUCAUGAGUGAUAUCAAACAACUAACAGAUCAUAUAGAAAAUAUGGUGGUUGAGAUGACAAAGAAGAUUCUUAACAAAUAUCCUGAGGAUUUAAAGAAAGCACAAGAUAUAGAAGUUGACUUAAGUUGGGUGAACAAAAAAUUCCCAAUUUUAACUUAUGAGGAAGCAGUUGAUAUUGCUAAACAACGAGAUGUUUCAUUCAAUAGUGAAGAAGGAUUUACAAAAGAGGAUGAAAUGUUUAUUGUGAAACAUUGUGGAAACAUUCCCACUUUUAUAAUUGAUUGGCCAAAGGAGAAAAAGCCAUUUUACAUGAAAGAAUGUACGCAUGAUUCUACAAAAGUUGAUGCUUUAGAUUUGCUUGCACCUAAUGUAGGUGAAGUUGUUGGUGGAAGUUUGCGCGAGAAUAGCUACGAGAAACUAAAAGAAAAUUUACCAAGCGAAAAUCUGGAAUGGUACUUGGACUUACGAAAAUUCGGCAGCGUGCCAACAGGAGGCUGCGGUUUAGGUUUCGAGCGAUACCUGCAAAUGAUACUAGGCAUAAGCAGCAUCAAAGACGUUAUUCCGUUUCCACGGUGGCCGCAUAACUGUAAUUUGUAAUUUCAUGUCAAUGUGGGUUUAUCAAAUCACUGUUUUAUGAUUC